CGUAGCUCCCUUUGCUUCCUCGCCGCUCCAGCGCCGCGCCACCGACGCGCCACCAUGCCGCCGCGCCGCCGAGGAGCGUCGGGCUACCGCGGCGUUCGCCGGCGCCCCAACGGCUGGUACUACGCCGAGAUCCGGUCCGGCGACGUCUGGCUCGGCCUCGGCACCUUCGAGACUGCGCACGAGACCGCCCGCGCGUACGACGCGGCGGCGUGGCGCCUAGACAGGCCGCGCGCGCAGAUGAACUUCCAGGACGUCCACACGCGCCAGCAGGCGCAUGACGUCGCCACUCCGCCUCGUCUUAUCACGGACCAGGACCGUGCGGAGCACACUCUGCGGCAGCGCCGCCUACUCAUCGCUAAGGAGGAUGAACGAGGCAUGGCAGAGUGGCGCCGGCGCCACCCAGAGGACGUCCCCAACGAGCAAGCCUACUGGGCGGAGAGGACGGCAAAGCGCUGCGUGGAUCGGUUGGACAGGCGUCGGCGGAAGGCACUGGCGUUAUCGCAGUGCGAUAUCGUUGAAGCAGGUGGGCAGUCGAUCUUCAUGGAUAAUGAUCCUCGUUGGGAGGACAUGUGGCUCGAUACCUCGAACCAGACCAGCAAGGAUGAAGAUGAUGAUAAUGAUGAGGACGACCGGGAGUAG